GCUCAUACUUUGCCAGUGACUCACACUUGUUGCUCGAAGGUUUAACACAAAUCAGAUUACGGAAAACAACCUCUAUACUUCAGUGGCUGCACAGGCAGAUGAUUUGAGAGGAUAAUCGUAAGUAGAGAAGGCAAAGAGCUGAUCAUUUGAUAUGCAGGAAGUGGGAGCGCCGUCUUGUGGUGAUUAGUUGGGGGUAGUUGCAUGGCUGGAUUUAUAGUACGCAGCUGUUGAGCGCCUGACAGACACCCAAAGCGAGGGCUGUACCACUGCUACUACUGCUGCUACUGCUUCAGGGGGAGUUCAGUUUGCUACUAGAGAAAAAAGGAAACUGUCUCAGCACACAAAGGUUCAGUGCAGCUGCGUCAUUGAGGAGUCCUGGUCCCGACAUGCGGACAAUCCUAUGAGUGGUACAAAUUGUCUCAGCAAAAUGAGAAAUGGAUGGGUUGGAUGUCAGACGCUCUAGUUACUCUCUGUGGUUGGUUUGGCUUCUCUAAGCAGAUGGUGCAAGAGCAGUAUGUCACUACCACUCAGGACAGCAACGCCGCUGCUCCACUCUCCGACUCUAUCUAUAAGAUCGGGAUCUACGGCUGGAGGAAGCGCUGUCUCUACCUGUUUGUCCUGUUGCUCAUCGUCAUCCUCACCAUAAACCUUGCCCUUGCUGUAUGGAUCCUCCGCGUCAUGUGGUUUAACACAGAAGGGAUGGGACACCUAAAAAUAACUUCGGACGGAGUGAGACUUGAGGACGGCGAGUCAGAGUUCCUUUUUCCUCUCUAUGCCCAAGAGAUCCACUCCAGAGAGGACUCCUCUCUCCUGGUGCACUCAUCUGAAAAUGUUACCCUUAAUGCCCGCAAUGAAAAAUAUCAAGUCACAGGAAGCCUAUCUGUUGGUCCAGACGUGGCUCAGGGAAAUGCACAGAACUUCAUCAUCAGUUCUAACACCAAAACACUGUUUUCUGCAGAUGACAAAGAGGUGGUUGUUGGGACAGACAAGUUGCGGGUCACAGGUCCAGAAGGUGCUCUGUUUGAACACUCUGUUGAGACGCCUCAACUCAAAGCUGAGGCCUUGAAAGACUUGAGGCUGGAAUCUCCGACUCGCUUUCUGGCAAUGGAAGCACCAAAGGGAGUUUUUAUUAAAGCACUGGCGGGGAACAUUGAGGCUGCAUCUAACAUGAAUGUACUACUGCACUCCAGUGAAGGACUGGUGAUUCUUGAUGCUGAAACAGUUCGUCUUCCCAGCCUCCCCCUGGGACAAGGAGGGGUGUCUGGAAACGCCCAUGGACUCUACGAAGUGUGUGUUUGUCCCAGUGGAAAGCUAUUCCUGUCCAAAGCAGGGGUCACCUCCACAUGUAGCGAAAGCCAAGAGUGUUAGUAGUCUUUAACCUAAGAUAAUAACCCAGUGAAUUAAAAUGUAUUUGUAAUGAGUACUUUGAAACUCAUUCCUGUUAUUAUUAAGAAAGGUGAAAAAAGUAACGAAACAUGCACAUAACUGCCGGUUGAACAGCAAAGGUUUCAUUGUCCAUAAUGGAUUUUAUGUAACUGAAACAAUGACAACUUUAUAUAAAAUGUAGUGGCUUACUCCUUGCAA